AUGGCCGCCACCAAGCACAAGCUCGCCCCCGAGGCCGAGGCGGCAGCCCGGCCGUCCAAAAAGUCAAAGGUCGACAGCGAGGCGCAGCUAAAGACGGAGACCAAGGAGGGCAAAGAUGGGAAGAAUAAGAAGAAGGAGAAAAAGGACAAGAAGCGCAAUGGUGACGGCGAGGACGCCGGCGAGACCGCUGACGCUGACGCCGUGCGCAGGGCGGAAAAGGAGGCCAAGAAGGUCCGGAAGCAGGCGAGGAAGGAGACGAAGCAGAAGCUGAAGGAGGCGGGCGAACAGCUGCUGCGGGAAAAGGAACAGGCCCGGCAAGAGGAGGAAGAAAAGGAGACACCGGCCGUCAAGGACAAGGAGGAGGAGACUGCGGUGGUGGACAAGGGCAAGGGCAAGAAAAAGAACAAGAAGAGCAAGGACAAGAAGACGAAGGAGGCGGCCACGGCCCAGCAGGACGGCGGCCACGGGUACGUGCAGACCAUGAGCCUGUCGAGCGUCCCGCAGGCCGACAUUGACGCCUUCCUGGCGACGCACCAAAUCACCGUCACCGACCCGCGCAGCUCCACGACGGCCCUCCGGCCCGUGACGGGCUUCGAUCACCUCCCCUCGACCAACCUGCUGGAGAAGCAGCCGUCGCCGUUUGCAGGCUUCAAGGCGCCGACGCCCAUCCAGGCGGCGUCGUGGCCCUUUACCCUGUCCGGGCGCGACGUCGUGGGCGUCGCCGAGACGGGGUCCGGCAAGACCAUGGCCUUUGCGCUGCCCUGCGUCGAGGCCGUUUCCGCCGCCGCCGCCGCCGGUUCCUCCAAGACCAACAGGCCCACGCGCGCCGUCGUCGUGUCGCCCACGCGCGAGCUCGCCAUGCAGACGUACGAGCAGAUGGCGCGCCUGGCGGCCCUCGUGGGACUGCGGUGCGUGUGCCUGUACGGCGGGGCGUCCAAGGAUGACCAGCGCGUGCAGCUGCAGCGUGGGUGCGACGUCGUGGUGGCGACGCCCGGCCGGCUCAAGGACUUCAUGGCCGACGGCACCGUGGACCUGGGCGGCGCGCGCUUCGUCGUGCUCGACGAGGCCGACCGCAUGCUCGACAAGGGCUUCGAGGACGACAUCCGCCACAUGCUCAGCUGCUGCCCUGCCCGCGAGCAUCGCCAGACGCUCAUGUUCACCGCCACCUGGCCCCAGUCGGUCCAGGCGCUGGCCUCGAGCUUCAUGGUCGACCCGGUCAAGGUCACCAUCGGCCUCGGCAGGGACGACGACGGCUCCGGCGGCGUCGAGCUGCAGGCCAACGCGCGCAUCGCGCAGAGCGUCGAGGUGGUGGAUCCGCGCGACAAGGAGGGCCGGUUGCUGCAGAUCCUCAAGCAGCGACAGCAGGGCACGCACCGCAUGGACCGCAUCCUCGUCUUCUGCCUGUACAAGAAGGAGGCGACGCGCAUCGAGGCCCUGCUGAGCCGCAAGGGCAUCCGCGUCGCCGGCAUCCACGGCGACCUGCGCCAGGAGCAGCGCACCCGCAGCCUCGAGGCUUUCAAGUCGGGCAACACGCCCGUCCUCGUCGCCACCGACGUUGCGGCCCGCGGCCUCGACAUUCCCGAGGUCAAGCUCGUCAUCAACGUCACGUUCCCCCUGACCAUCGAAGACUACGUCCACCGAAUCGGGCGAACCGGUCGCGCCGGCAACACGGGCGAGGCCAUUACCCUCUUUACAGUCCAGGAUAAGACGCACUCUGGCUCGCUGGUCAACAUCCUCAGGGGCGCCAGCCAACCCGUGCCCGAGGACCUUCUCAAGUUCGGCACGACAGUCAAGAAAAAGACGCACGACAUGUACGGCUCGUUUUUCAAGGACGUCGACAUGAGCCAGAAGGCGACCAAAAUUACCUUUGACUAG